CGCGCUCAUUCUCCACCAACAAGCCUUCUGGGAUGGACCCGUGCUGAUUCUGCAGCUCGACGAAACAUGUCAAGAAGCAUAGUCCCCUGUCCAGUCUCGUCGAUGACUGUGAUCGAGUGUCGCCAAAAAAUCGACCGAGUCAGAAACCAAGUGUUGAGAGUGUUAAGUGUUCGUGGUGUUGAAUGAUUCGAAUGUUUUGGUCAGGAUUAGUGCAAAUAUAUCGGUGCUCCAAUAGUCGAGACUAAUGACGAUGAAGCAAACAGCCUGACAGAGAAUUAUUUCAUUGCUGGAUAGUUUCUCAAACAUUACACAAGAUGGGGACCAGGUUUGCAGCGUAUUCUUUGAAGCUAACCAGUCUUCACGACUAUUACCAACGACUUCUCCAUGGCAGUCAACCUGUCCCUUCAGGCUUCGACAUGGCCAACACAGUGAAAUUUUUCUCUCAAACAUUGCUAUCCCUGCUGAAAGAAGUUCGAGAAGCUCCCUUGGAGAUGGUCAGAUCGCAGAAGUUCGACGUAGAACGAAUGGCGCUUUACCCCAAUUUGGAUUACAAGCAGCUGUACAACGCCUUGACUCAGUUACUGGACGUCGUUCCCUCCAUUCACAUCGGUUUGCAAGCGUUUGGCCAGGCACUGCUACAAUGUCUCGCCUGCCUCCUGCCCUUUCUCGAUCACGACCUGAUCGACAACGUGCCAUACUUAACAGCCAGUGCUAUCUCGGUGCUUCCGGUCGAGCUUCACCAGGAGAUCGUCAACUAUCUCUGCUUCUACAUUCUGCCCUUCAGCAUGACGAGGAAAAACGAGGAUGGGAUGGAGAACGCUGCUAGCCAAUCCAUAGCCGCUGUGAUCAUGAUGAUCUUUCAGUAUUCCAACAAUCCAGCUCAUCAUUGUCAGCUACUGGAAUGCCUAAUGGCCUUGAAACCAGGCGUGGUGAAGGACAUCCUCUGCGUGGUUGCUUACGGCACUGCGCCAGCAAGAGCCUCAGCAGCCAAACUGCUAUUCUAUUAUUGGCCCUCCUUCAACCCGAACCUUUUCGACCGCAGGGCGGUUCUAAUGAAGUUUGCGAGUACGUCUCAUUCAACUCUAACUCAACUUUCCAGCCUACCCCAAGAACGAGACUUACCAAUCAAUUCUAUCGCAAUUUCAGACGACCUCGCGCCCUUUGUCUGCCAAAGAGACUCCUGCCCUAACGCUGGCAACGCCGAGGCGGGAAAAGUCUGCUACGAUCAUCGAAUAUCCAUCACCUUCGCGGCAGAGUCACCUCCCCCCAUUUAUCUUUGCAUCGAGUGUGCCAAUGAGAUCCACAGGGAGCAUCCGAAUCAGAUGUUUUACGAUAUUCUGCACCCCAUGCAGCAGGUGUCUAUGAUAUGCGAGAACAAGAACUGUAGAGCAACAGACAAAUCAGCCAUCAGCGUCUGCUUCUCUACCGAGUGCGCCAGCUACAACGGGAACCACCCGAUUCGCUACUGCCAGCAGUGCCACAACAUCAGACACAACAAUCGCCGCGGUGGUGACCACGUGUACCACAUGGCGUUGCCCCACGUCUCCCAGCUGGACCCCCAAACUCAGACCUACAUGGUCCAGGCGAUCGUCAGCCUGCUUAAGGAAGCUGAACCGCUAAGUAUGGAUAGUAAUCGAGACAUCUCGGAAAUAAGUACUAAUAAGGGCAGCACAGGAUUCCCAGGGGGCGGAGCGAGCAGCGGAGGCGGUGUCAGCGGCGGGGGUGGCGGCAGCGGUGGCGGUGGGGGCCAGUGCGAUCCGUCGACCUUGGAGGAGAGGCAGCUUCUCGGCAGAUACGGUGUCUGGCUGCUGGUGGGGCUUUGCACCCCGAACCAGGACAUCUCGGUCGAAAUUCUCGGGCGUUUAUUGUCAAUGCUAUUUCAUUGGUUUCAUGUUACUGCCUACUCUUUCGAUGGUACUAAAAAAAGCCUUAUGCACCUUAUCUUUUCUGUUGGGCAAGCGGAGAGCGCGCUGGAGAAACUGAAGACCGAGUAUGUCUGCGGCUGGCUGUCGGAAGUGAUGAAGACUCAUUACGACGUCUUCAUUUCUUGUCUUCUGCCGCAUCCUGCGGACUAUGUUCGCGUUGGAGGACACUGGGAGACGCUGGCUUCGAGAACCUCUCAUUUGAAAGAUGGCCUAAAUCGACUAUUGUGCCUGGUGCCUUACGAAGUGAUCACACCCGAUGUAUGGGACUACGUGAUGCCUCAUUGGAUGGAAGCCAUGGUGAACGACGUUCCUGAGCACGAGCUCCACGAACUAAAGAUGAUUUUAUGCAAAAUCCUGGACAGAGACAUGAGCCCCCUGGGAUUCGACGCGAAGAAGAUGUACAACUUCGUGGCGAAGCGGUUCGUCAACACCUGCGCGAAGGUGCAGGAGCAGGCACUGAACUGGUUGCAAACGCUGACCAUGCUGGAGAUCAGCAUUCCUCUCUGUCAACUGUUCUCGAUGUUCAGCGACGGCGUGGCCGUCAUGGGGGCCAUGAACACCGCGGAGUCCGAGCAAAAGCCCAGCAAAGGCUCGAGGAAAGAGGACGAGGACGGAAACGCCAUAUUUGUAGAAAACGAAUCGGGGAAGUCAACGCCAUUGUCUGAUGACUUGGUCCCAACACCUAGACACAUGGAGUUCAUGACGAACGCUGAGCUGAACCUGUCCUGUUGCAUCCUCAUGAUGGACAUACUUCUGAAGCAGAUGGAGCUUCAGAACAUAGACAAGCACACGGGAAUCAACACGUGGGUGUGCAGGGACGCGUGCCACCUGAUGAAGUCCAUCGUAGCUUCGAACUGGAACAGCUGCCACGUGUGCAACGCGGACAGCUACGGUGCCGAGUGCACUUACUGCGAAUCCAGAGUGAUCUGGCAUCAACUGUGCCUGCAGUUGGUCACAUACAUGGCACCGGAAAAUCCAGCUUAUCCGCCUGACAAAAUCGUGGACGAAACCGCAGAGGACCACGGUCGCAAGAGUCCAGAGACAUCUAGAAAAGGUGACUCGAAAUCGGACGUGGUGAUCAGCAUGCCGCUUGCGGAAAUGCACUCGGUCGGCGGCGUGCUCGCCCACAUGCCUCAGUUCUUCGAACAGAUCAUGACAGCCACUGUAGAGACAGUUUCGGAGCAGCUGGACCUCGCUGCCAUCAUGCCCACGGAGAAGGUCAUGUCCGCGGUCGCUAAAACUGUCACCCUGUCGGAGACUGACGUUGCAACCGCGACUGUGAGCGUGGCGAAACCGCGACUCAUCGGAGAGAACGAUCAGCCAGUGAAUUUGAGCCCCGAAAACGAAACGGACGAUUUCUGGCACACCUCCGUGGGAAACUUCAGGUUCAACAUCGAGGACCUCCCCGAGCAACUCCAAUACAUACACAAACUUCUGAAGGAACUAAUGACGAUCGAGAAGCCUGACAUCCUCUACUAUAUGCUCCAAUGCUUGAACGUGAUGUGCCUCUAUGGCGACGCCUUCAAUAUAGCGGUGAAAGAUGAUUACAAAGGAUUCUUCAUAUGGUGGCAAGAGAAUCUCAUAAAGAAUUUAUGGGAGCUUCUGAAUGCGGAACACUCGCAUAUAGCGCAAGUCACAGUGCCAUUAUUGCUCCACUGCAUAACGUUGCCAUCGGGAACUGAUACUUUCUGGUGCAUGAUCAAGGAGGAGUUCCAUAAUUUGGACUGGCGCGUUCGAUUCGUCGCAGUCGAAAGGGUGACGCUGAUUGCAAGAUUCAUGGAUUCCACUCCCCUGCGAAACGUCAUAAAUUUGCAGGCUGCACUGGCCAACGCCUUCUGCUACCUGAUCGCCAGCAUGGACGACAGCAACGUGUACGUAGCUCAGAGAGCCACCUUGUACCUUGGUACCAUCCACGACACAGCCAUAAGGUCACUGAUCCUCUGCUUGGAGACCCAAUUCGACACGGUGAUAGUGGAUCGGCCCAUGGUUUUGCAAUCGUUGUACCAGCUUCACAACAGCCUCAGCGAUCGACACAUCCUCACCUGGGAGUUCUUUUUGAACCGCUUCGACGCCCUCUUCCUCGAGGCUCAGAUCAAUUUGGAGAGGUCUGGAGAUAUACCCUACAUUCGUGACCUUCGCAACACGGACAUGAACAGCGAAAUCUUCAUGAAGAAGCUCCACAGAGCGCAGGAAGCCCUGUCUCAGUCGGAUGGCAGUGGAACCAACUCGAUAAAGACCCUAAGUGCCAGUUUUGGCACCAAGUGGCCGUACAAGCGCACCAUGUCUGCUCCUGCGUCGAUGAUCCCGCGUCAGGAUACCAAGCCAGAAAAGGAAAAGGUGUACAGCCGGCAAUACUCGGCGCCUAUCCUGAAGCGCAAGAGCUCCAGAUUCGGACUGGGUCAGUUGCUGGGGUCCACCCCACCUAAUAACAGUAUACCAGACGGCCACGUUCAUUCACUCAAUGAACGUAUGGUGGAUGAGACCAACGCACUGCCAUGCACCCACAAAAUCGUUGAUUUCGAAGAGGCUGACAAAGAGACGAUGCAUUUGUUGGUGUUUCUUCUGAUACAGUUUCUUUCUAGGCAGGAUCAGGCAUUCCCAACGGAUGAGAAGCCACUGUCGAAGACUCAAGGGAUCGUGUUACGCCACCUGUACCUUCUGUUAGGGUACAAUCAAACUGAACGUACCUUCCACACUUCUCCUCAACGCCUAAGAGUGUCACCAGUCUUCAAUGUCUUUAUCGCGAACCUUCCUCAGCUCCUGGACCAGAAUCACGUGAUGGGAUGGGUGAUGACGCCUCCAGUUCUGGCCAUCUUGCAGCACUGUCCUUGUCCUCCACAGGGCGUGCCCUCCUCGGAUCACCAAGCACCAACCUACAGCCUCUGGUACCUGGAGCCCCAGAACAGGCGCUCCUGGUUGAUGUCUCUUCUCGUGAUACUUUACAAAUGCCAGUACGGUCAGCAGCCAUGGUGCAAUCAGCUUCAAGUGUUGAUCAAAAUCGUGUUGAACACUCUUGACAUGCAGCAUCAUCAGUGCAAGAGGAUCCCAGCCAUGGUGGUGAUGGGUGGUCCACCUUCUAGGUCACGUGACGUAUCUCAACCAUCCCUCGGUGUGGACCACGACCUAGUGGUCAGUACUAUGGGGGAUAUGAACACAGAGAGCCCCCCAAUGAGGGCUCCCAUGGUUUCGGUACAUCAACGUAGCCCAGGGGCAACUCAUAGUCAGAUGGAGACCCACUGGGAAGAGGGCACACCCUCGUGUCGCUACACCAACAAGCAUUCCAGCUACUCGAUCAAUGCGGAUGAUACGGAGUCCGAGCUGGCCGCAAUACCCGAGAGCCCAAAAUCUGACAGCACGUUACAUGGCAGCAGUGGUGGCUCGUUGGGGGAACUGGAGGAGAGCCCAGCUGCGGUCACCAGAAGCGUUUCCCUCCACGGACCUAGACCCUCGACCACGAUCGACGUCGUGACCAAAAGCGAGUGGAACAGUCAGAACGCUAAGAAAAUGGACGCGGUUACCAGGCCUACGUGGUUCCUGGGCAGUGAAGACGAUUCUCACCAGCAAAGUGCAAAAGCUGGCCCCCAGAAGAAGUGGAGCGUGCACGAGGGAGUAAAGAUGAUGGUGACGAGCUCGUUUCUGGGCGGACAACCAGAUUUCCAGAAAUACGGCCCUCUGGCGAAGGCCCUCUCCGAAAUAGUUCCAGGAGCAGAGAAGGGGAUUUUAGAAAAAGCUAUAACGGAGAAGCCAAUCGCUGAAAAGACAGCUCAGGAGAAGAACGUUAUUGUUCAAGUAGCUUUCAACGGGGAUGCUGCAUCGUCCAAACCAUUUGCGUUGUCAGACGCCUUUGCUAUAGCUACUGGGAUAUCUCAGGCUCAAAGAUACGAGUCACCGAAAGAGAAGGUGCCAACUGCAGCAUCUAGUAAUUCAGACUCGCCCAAUUCAAAGCAGCUGGGUAGGCAGAGGAGGAUAGAACAUCCUGUGACGGUAGCGUCGCCGGUGUCGCCAGGUCAAAUAGUCACGGUGACCAGCAGCGACCAGUCCAGCUCCCCAGCAGUCAGUUCCAUCUCGUCCCAAGUGACGAGCACGGAGAAUGGUCAGCAUCCUGGAUGGGACGACGGUCCUCAUCCCUUGUCGACGCCCACUGUUGAGCGUCUGCUUCCUAUUGGCACUACGGCUCGACCAUCAGGUCCACGACCUACUCAGCGCAUCCUGCGCUGCGAAGACACCUAUGGGUCCCCAGAGUCACCUCUAUCGAAGAUGGACGUCUUGACAGUCAGUUCCUCGUUCGACCAAGACAGCGAGACCUGCAUGUCCAGUGACAUCACCAAUCCCAGAAGCAUUUCUCAGUUGGAGUUCCCCAUGCCUGAACGACUGCUACCAGUUGGGCCUCACAGGGACUUCACUGGGCUGGUGGAACACGUUCGCCAGGCGCUUGGUGUCCAGGAAAUCGAAGAUUCCAAUAAGUUCAGCAAUGGGAACGGCAAUGAAGUCAAGGUUGAUGGAUCAGCUCCAGUGAAGCAGGACAGUACGACGUCCGAGAACUUGUCAGCAUCUCUGGUCCCAACAUCCAACGAUGUCCACUCGAGCAGGUCAGCAAGUCCAAGAAGACUGAUCAAGCAGGUAGCCUUGGAGUCCCCACCUUCAACAAUGGAGCCUAUAGAUUACCCCUGUCGAAUCUUCGAUCACGACCGCAGGGCCAAGAUGAAGGAUCACGUACGCAUUCAGCGCGACAGGCCUCGAAAAAACGCCAUCAACGCGCAGGACCCACCAAUCGCGAGGCGCACUGAAUCUUGGUCUGGACCACAAUUGCAGCCUACUUUUGACACAGCCUCCCAACAGGCCUACCACGCUGAUUUCAACCUGAAGCAGAGCUUGUUUCGCAUUGGAGACGAUUGUAUUUAUGAGAGGUGUUCGGAGUGUGGAACGAUAAAAGAAGAGUACUCGGAUGAAGAACUGGGUCUUUGCAUCAUCAACUUGGGUACGUUCGUUCAUCGCGAGCCUUCCUUGGCGGCGCCUCUUCUGCCAGAGAUCCUCAGGGUCGUCACAAAAGUGGCUCUAAACGCGAUGUACCCCUGGCAAAGCGAGACCAACAUGCACCUCCCAGGUGGAGCGAUCAGCGUGGCCCACCAGUUCCUCCGUUGCGUUCUUCAUCAAUUAGCGCCCAACGGAGUAUUCAUGCAGAUGUUCCAAACACAUUUAAAUGAAUCCACGAGGAUGCAAUUCUUCAAGAGCGUCGCUCAGGCUCUAGUCGACUUCAACGAACUGAAUCCAAUUGCACCUUUGCAACUGGUACUCGAGGCCCUAAACGCAAAGAAAUCUCUGCCAACGGAACGUCUGCCAAUCAUCCUAUACAACAUAGCGUGCUACCUAGACUGCCUGCCACUGGAGGCAGGUCUAGGUCCAGGAGCAACAACCUGGAACGGUCUGCUGGCGCAAUUCGACGGCCUCUUUCGACGACUCGUGCUGAUGCUGUCCUCCAUCGAGAACGCCACACCGUUGUUAAGAAUUAUGAUUUCUUUAUUGAAGGUUCCAGGGAUCCAGCAAGCGAAGGGAAUGCUGGAUCCAUUCGCCAAGGUGUUGAGCUACGCCAUCCAAAAUUCCACGAUGCGAUACAGCUACCUGACAGACCUGUGCUACCUCUGCCACAGGGGAUUCACUCGUGACAGAGACAAACACUUUUUCGGCAGGACCAUCGUGUUCGAACUGAUCCAAGCCAUCAAGUUCAAGACCACCAUUCCAGACUCCAACUUCCUCUUGCUCCUGCACUUCGUGCUCCAGGACAUUGGAGGAUCGCUGCCCAACACGGUCGCCUUGGAGAACAUUCACACGGACAUGUCGCCCAUUUACAACACGAACGCCUCCGAGUCCCUGAAGAACCAGCUGGCGGACGUCCUGGACUUCUUGGCUGACUUUCAGACUCUCAGCAAAGUGAAGAGCUACAGCAAGGGUAUGCAAGCAGGAUUGAACGAGGAUACCUUGGGUGGCAUACUAAAGUGUGGCCUUGCUCAAUACGUUGCCCUGGAAAUCACCAGGGGCAACAACAGGGAGAACAGAGCAGUGGGUCGUUAUCUUCCAUGGCUCAACAGCACUCCUUCCAUGAUACCGCAAGGAGCUCGAGAGUAUGCUGACUGCAUAGGCCACAUCAGACUACUGUCCUGGCUUUUGUUGGGCUCCCUCACGCACACGGCGAUGUACGCUGGCAACAACAACACGCAGAGCCACGUGUCGUCGAUCCCAACGGCGCAACCGAUACCUCAGGAAGCCUCCUGCCACAUCGCAGACCACAUACAAGUGAUAUUUUCUGGAUUUCCUGAGCAAUCCAAGGCGUCAGUCCUGCACAUGUCCUCCUUGUUUCACGCGUUCAUACUCUGCCAGUUGUGGACGAUGUAUCUGGAGGAACUGUCUCAUAACAAUCCAUCCAACAGCGAGGGACAUAAUAUCACGAUGAAUAUUCUGCUGGAAUUCUGGGGCAAGAUAACACCUUGCAUACUGCAACUGGUUGGGCACUCCAGAGUUCUGGCUGACACGGUGAACUUGCACUUCUUGAGCCUUCUGGAAGCUCUCCUCGAGUGUGGGUCCAUUCUAUUGAGCAAACUGCUCCCACUUUGGAGUCCCAUCUUGUAUUCGCAUCACAUCCAGCUACAAGGACAUCUGCAGGUGCGACUACAAAACUGCAGGGACUUCCCACCUAACAAAAUGGCGGAGCAUUUCGCCUCGUCCAGGCGUGAAUCGAAUGCAACACUUUUGCGAUGGCUGCACCGACUGCAGUUCAAAAUGGGCCAAAUAGAAAUGCAGUCUUCCACUGCCACGCAGUUUUAUUCGAUUUAAAAUUCCAAGUAUUGAUCGAAAACUAGUUUAAUUGAUAAGUGAAUGUUUUGUAAAAGAUAUCCGCGAGGAUGUUGAACGUUGCAUUGUUUAAGAAAUAUGUUGAAUUAAGUAAAAUCGUGAUUUAUUCAUUGUUACGAAAUAUAUUUAUUAUAUUGAA